UUGAAUUACUCCACAUAUUUGGGCUUUUUUAUCUAUGUUUUAAUCCCACCAAUAAUGAAUGACACCCCCACUUCACGUUCACCAAGAGCACACCACCAUGACCAAUAAUAAAAGCAAGAUAAUGCUCAACACUCUGUUCCUUUCCUCACUCACUCUUUCUUCCCACCUUCCUCUCCUUCUUUUCUCUUCUUUCUUCUUCUUCCAUCUCUUUUUUUCUGCUUAAGGUCUACAAAAGUUCUCUUCUUCUUCUCCUCCUAUUGAACUUUGGUCAUCACACGAGAAAACCCACGUCUGGAUCUUCUGGUGUAAAGGCCAUUAGAAGCCUUUUAGAAAUUUUCAAAUUGAGUUGGUGUAUAGUGUUGAAGGGGGUGAAAUUUGGAGCCCAGUUUGUUACUUCAUUUGAAAGGUCAUAGUUUGAACCCUCUUUUUCUGGAGAUUUACCUGGGAAAAGAUGAUGAUGUUUGAAGAUAUGGGAUUCUGUGGCGAUUUGGAUAUGUUAUGUGGUUCUCUUGGGGAUGGGGAUAUUGCUGUGAGACAAACUGAACCGGAUCCUGUAGUUGAGGAUGACUACAGUGAUGAAGAAAUUGAUGUGGAUGAACUCGAGAAGAGGAUGUGGAGGGACAAAAUGCGUCUCAAGCGAUUGAAAGAACAAACCAAGUCCAAGGAAGGGACUGAUGCAGCAAAGCAAAGGCAAUCCCAAGAGCAGGCAAGGAGGAAAAAGAUGUCAAGAGCCCAAGAUGGAAUACUGAAGUACAUGCUGAAGAUGAUGGAGGUUUGCAAGGCACAAGGGUUUGUUUAUGGGAUAAUUCCUGAGAAGGGGAAGCCAGUGACCGGAGCAUCAGAUAAUCUUCGCGAAUGGUGGAAGGAUAAGGUCAGGUUUGAUCGAAAUGGUCCUGCUGCCAUAGCCAAGUAUCAAGCCGAUAAUGCAAUUCCUGGAAAGAAUGAUGGAUGCAAUUCCAUUGGUCCUACACCACACACCUUGCAAGAGUUACAGGACACAACCUUGGGUUCUCUCUUGUCAGCACUUAUGCAGCACUGUGAUCCUCCUCAGAGGAGGUUCCCACUAGAGAAGGGUGUUCCUCCACCAUGGUGGCCAACUGGGAAUGAAGAAUGGUGGCCUCAAAUUGGUCUACCUAAAGAUCAAGGCCCUCCACCUUACAAGAAACCACAUGACUUAAAGAAGGCGUGGAAGGUUGGUGUUCUCACUGCAGUCAUCAAGCAUAUGUCCCCUGAUAUCGCCAAAAUUCGCAAGCUUGUGAGGCAGUCCAAAUGCCUUCAAGACAAAAUGACAGCAAAGGAAAGUGCAACCUGGCUUGCCAUCAUCAACCAAGAGGAAGCCUUGGCUAGAGAGCUUUACCCUGAUUAUUGCCCUCCAUUUUCCUCUGCUGUAGCUAAUGGAUCCAUGGUGAUCAACGAUUGCAGUGAGUAUGAUGUUGAUGGGGCUGAAGAAGAGCCGAACUUCGAUGUUGAGGACCGGAAGCCCGACCAUCUUCAUCCAUCAAACCUUGGGAUGGAGAGAAUGAUGGGAAGGAUGCCAAUUCAGCAACCUUCUCAUCCCAUGAAGGGAGAUGUUGUCACAAACCUAGAUUUCAUCCGGAAGAGGAAGAUUUCUAGUGACUUCAACAUGAUGAUGGAUCAGAAAAUCUACACAUGCGAGCAUCCCCAAUGCCCUUACAGCGAAGUUCGCCUUGGUUUCCAUGAUAGGUCUGCUAGGGACAAUCAUCAAUUGAAUUGUGCAUAUAGAAACAGUUCUGCAGAUUAUGGUGGUGGUCCCAAUUUCCAUGCUACUGAGGUUAAGCCAGUCAUAUUCCCCCAGUCCUUUGUUCAACCCAACACUACAGCUCAGUCUGCAAGUUUGGUUGCACCUUCAUUUGAUCUAACUGGUCUUGGAGUUCCUGAGGAUGGCCAGAAAAUGAUUAGUGACCUUAUGACAAUCUAUGAUACAAAUGUUGUAGGAAACAAAAACCUAAGCUCCACCAACUGUGUUACUGCUGAAAAUCAUAACCUUUCUCAGGCCAGCUUACAACGACAGGACAGUUUUUUCCCUGGUCAAGGAAUGGUGUUGGAAGGGAACUUGUUUGCACGAGAGGAAGGUCAAUUUGACCGGUUCAAGGCCACCAUGAACAUGAACAUGAACAUGAACACUCCUUUUGAUACCAACCACAACAACAAUAAUAUCCAUUUGAUGUUUAAUUCCCCUUGUGAUUUGUCAUCCUUUGAUUUCAAGGAGGAUAUACAAGGAGUAGGAAUGGAUUCUCUUCAAAAACAGCAAGAGGUUUCAAUUUGGUACCAGUGAAAAUGCGAAGAGGGAAACUCGUGUAUCACGGACUUUUAUUGUGUCAUUAAAGAGGGUCAUGUGAAAGUCCCUUGACUCAAAAAGCAGUUAAUGCAUUUUUCUUCCCAUGUAAUAGUUUAGGUCUUAGAUAUUUUAUGCUUUGGGAGGUCUGGUCUGGUCUGGUGGCAUUAUAUUAUGGGUUAAUAAAUCAUGGGUGUUCCCAUAAUGUAACCCUUUUUAUGUGUCUCUUUAUGUGUUAGCCCUAUGUUACUUAUAUCAUAUGUACGACUGUGAUAUAAAUAAAAGAUUUUUAUUCUCUUAUAAAA